UUUAAUUUUCUCGGCCCAGCCCCGGAUUGUUCUAUCCUGUGAGCUGAUUUGGGCCUCAGGUGAGCCUCGAGUGAGGCGAUCUGGGAUUCUUAAGUUAUACAGACGGUCAAUAAAAAUAUCUAUUGUGAUGAGUGAGGGGAGGUUGAGAUCCCACUUUUAUAGUUAUCCGAGCCGAAUGAUCAGCCAGCGAGUCAAGAAAGCAGUUUGCGGGCAAGCAUGUGGAGGCUACUUUCUCUGGUGGCACGGAUAUGAAGAAACUCGCCAAGUUCGUGCGCGAGGUUCGCGCUAUAGCCAUUGAGAACGGCAGGGCAGCAACAGAUGUCAAUUUCUUCCCAAUGAUUGUGCCGAUUGUGGGGAGGGCGAUGGAAGAGGCGCUAGAUGACAGGUAUGAAGCGAACGCUGGCUGGGAAGGAGGCCUUGCUACCAUUUCGAGUUUCAUGAAUGUUGACUUCUCAAAGUGUCCCGUGGAUGAGCCGUUCGAUGUCGAGGGACUGAAGGAUAGGAGUAGUGCGAUUCAUAGCUUGAUUGCGUGCGCGAAGACUUACGCGGGGCAUGAGGGGAAACUGCUAACGCUGAGAAUGCUGGGACAUGCGUUUGCGUUUUGUAGGUGUGGACAGUGGUAUGUGGGGACGCCGGAGAGCAUUGCGGAUGUUUUCGAAAGCUUCGUAAACGAAGCGAAUAUUGAUGGGCUCAACGUUGCUUAUGAGUUACGUCUUAAACUCUGAAUCCUACGAAGAUCUAGUAGAACUCCUCAUCCCCAUGCUCAUGGAGCGAGGCAUCAUGUGGAAAGACUACGCGGUGCCAGGUGGUACUUUCCGCGAGAAUCUGAGGAGGAAGAAGGAUGUGAAGAUACUGCCAACGAAUCAUCCGGGUGGGAGGUUUAAGGAGUUGAAGGAAAGAGUGGGGACGGAUGAGUUUGGGGAUACAACUACCUCCAGAAAGUGUGAGAAUCCGGUGGUGAAUGGUGUAAGUAGGCUGGAGGUUAGCGAGACCGCCGAGGUGGCUUUGGCGAAGGCAUAAAUGGUUGGCGGUGUGUGGUAUAGGGGCUUCAUGAGCAAGAGCAAGCCGGAGUUUUAAGAGUGCUCUGGAUUUGGAGUAGAAUGUAGGCCUUUGUAGAGAUAAUGAAACUCAUUCAGCGACCGC